AGAGAGAGAGAGAGAGGCUCUCCCAAGUCACAGCACUUCACUCGCUCAACAAAGAACCUAGAGAGACGCACAGAGAGAGAGAGAGAGAGAGAGAGAGAGAGAGAGAUCAAAUUUGAAACGAAACAAGGGAGAGAAGUGUUGGUGGGGGUGGUGAUAGAUUUCUGCAGACCGACCGCGAGGUUUCGAGGGUGGCGUCCGCGGAAGCAGAAGGCGAGGCGACGGUGAACGGCCGUCUCCAGGGGUUUCUGUCGGCGCUGUUCGCGAGCAUCGGAGGAGUCUUCGGGACCAAUUGCGAGGAGGAAGGAGGAGGAGGAGGAAGGGGGCGAGAAGAAAUGGCCGCGAGAGCUGUUGGUCAACAACCCAGAGGAGGAGAAAAUCAGAAGAAUGUGGCCAGAGAAGCAAGGCACAGGCGAGUUCUUCAGGAUAUCGGUAAUCUAGUGUCAGAGCGAGCUGCUCAAGCGAAACCAGGCGCUCAAAUUUCUCGCCCCGUCACAAGGAACUUUGAGGCUCAACUACUGGCGAAGGCACAAGCGGCCCAGAAGGACAAGAAAAUUGCAAAAGAAGUCGUAGAUUGUGCGUUAGCAAACAAAAGAACAGUGACAGAAGUGACAGCUGCUACCAAAGAGAAGGCCCUUGACAAGCCUGUACCUGAGCCUGUUGUUGUGAUAAGCUCCACAGAAGAAGAGAACGGUAAAGUUGCCGUUAGAAGGGGACUCAAAGAAGCUGUAGAUCGUGCAUUAGCAAACAAAAGAACAGUGACAGAAGUAACAGCUGCAACCAAAGAGAAGGCCCUUGAUAAGCCUGUACCUGAGUCUGUUGUUAUGAUAAGCUCCACUGAAGAAGAGAACUGUAAAGUUGCUGUUAGGAGGGUACUCAAAGAAGGGUCCUCCAAGAAGAAGAGUCUCACUUCUGUUCUCACGGCACGAAGCAAGGCUGCUUGUGGGCUAGCUAAUAAGCCUAAGGACUGCUUGGUGGACAUUGAUGAAGCUGAUGCUAAUGAUGAGUUGGCCAUGGUCGAAUACAUCGAUGAUAUCUACAAGUUCUACAAACUCACAGAAGGCGAUGGUCGAGCACAUGAUUACAUGGAUAACCAACUGGAAAUCAAUGUCAAGAUGAGAAUGAUCCUAAUGGACUGGCUGAUAGAAGUUCACCGCAAGUUCGAACUCAUGCCCGAAACUCUGUAUCUCACUGUAAACAUAGUCGACCGGUACCUUUCUAUGAAAGUGGUCCGCAAGCGGGAGCUUCAGUUGGUCGGCAUAAGUGCGAUGCUCAUAGCAUCCAAGUAUGAAGAGAUUUGGGCACCGGAGGUCAAUGACUUUGUAUUCAUAUCAGACAAUGCUUAUGUUAGAGAACAAGUGCUAGUCAUGGAGAAAUCAAUAUUGGAGAAGCUGGAAUGGUAUCUGACGGUUCCCACACCAUAUGUCUUUCUAAUCAGAUACAUCAAAGCCUCUAAUUCAUCUGAUAAGGAGAUGGAGAACAUGGUGUUAUUCCUGGCCGAGUUGGGUUUAAUGCACUAUUCCACAAUAAUUCUCUAUUGCCCCUCUAUGAUCGCUGCAUCAGCAGUUUAUGCAGCCCGGUGCACCCUUGGGAAACACCCAUUCUGGACUGAAACCUUGAAGCACCAUACAGGGUAUUCUGCAGAUCAGCUAAUGGAGUGUGCAAAGCUUCUUGUUGGCUUGCACUCAGCGGCUACAGAAAGUAAGCUGAAAGCUGCUUAUAGGAAAUUCUCGAGUCCCGAUCGAGGUGGUGUGGCUCUUCUAGCGCCAGCCAAAAGCCUAUCGGCUGAAGCACCGUGAGACGCUCAUUGCUAGGGCCAGUUUUCAUUCUUCAGUUGACACCGGUUGGGGGGUGUCUUCAGUUGUAGAGAGAAGUUUCCUGCUUGUGUAUUUGGGAGGAGAGAGAUCAUGUGUCUUUUAUGAUCUUAGCUUUCUUAGUGAUGACUGAUUUUCGUUGGAGAUCAUGUGAAAAAUGACUGAUGAAUGUGUGGAUUUGCUGUUACUGACUUCUCGUGGAUAUUUCACUCAGCUU